ACCAAACGCACAGGGUGACAAACCACUACAGCGUAGUGAGCGGCCCAGAUCAGCCGAAGUCAGCCGGCAAGCUCCACGGGAAACCCUAGCUACUCCCGGCUGGCCGCCGCCGCCGCGCCUGCCGUCCACGCUCCACCCGCGGGAGCUCGCCUCCUCCUCCACCCUCUACCUCUCGAGGCCACUCCGGACGGCCAUGGCGCAGAGGGCCGCGGGCGGCCUUCUCCGGCGGUCCAUCGGGCUCGCGCCGCCGUCAACCCCGAGGGCCCUGAGCACCAGCGCCACCACGCCGGCCGCGGCGGCGGAGGGAGAGGC